AUGUCUUCUGGUAGUGUGAACGAUACUCAAUCCCACCUCAUAUGUAGAUUAGGUGUGUAUAUGAAGCUACAAGCAUCACACAUUGAAAAGAAUCCUAAUCGUAAUUUCGGAGAUGUCAUAGUGAAGUUUCUUAGAAUUUUCUUGGAAGAUACAGCUCAUUACAUAUCUGACAUCUUCCUUAAACUAUUCGUUUACCAAAAGAGCCAUUGUCGUAAGUCAAAAGCAUCGCGUUCUGUCUCUACAUUUAUAUAUGUGUAUAAUCAUUCUCGUAAGUCCUGGGAUUCUGUCCAGUUCAGAGCCAUGGGAACUCAAGCAUUCACCCCAGACUACUCAAACGAAGUUGAUGAACGAGAUGCACGAGAGAAAGCAAUAGAUGAAUGGUUGCCAAUAACUUCUUCUAGGGAUGCAAAAUGGUGGUACUCAGCUUUCCACAACGUUACAGCAAUAGUUGGAGCUGGAGUUCUCGGUUUCCCUUAUGUCAUGGCUCAACUAGGAUGGGGCCCUGGAGUGGGUUCACUAGUAAUAUCUUGGAUUAUCACUUUAUACACUCUAUGGCAAAUGGUUGAGAAGCAUGAAAUAAUUCCUGGGAAACGUUUCGACAGAUACCAUGAACUCGGACAACAUGCAUUCGGUGAAAAACUUGGUCUUUACAUUGUAAUACCUCAACAACUAAUGGUUGAAGCUGGUAUAGACAUAGUUUACAUGGUUACAGGAGGGGAAUGUUUGCAGAGGUUUCAUGAUUUAGUAUGCAAAGAUUGCAAGAAGAUUAAGCUAACCUAUUUUAUCAUGAUCUUCGCCUCUGUUCAAUUCGUGUUGUGUCAGCUUCCGAACUUCAAUGCCAUCUAUGGAGUGUCUUUGGUUGCAGCUGUCAUGUCCUUGAGUUACUCAACUAUUGCUUGGGGGGCAUCACUCAACGAGGGUGUACAACCAGACGUGCAAUACGGCUAUAACGCCACAACCACAGCAGGAAUUUUUUUCAACUUCUUCAAUUCCUUGGGUAGUGUUGCAUUUGCUUAUGCUGGUCAUAAUGUGGUCAUGGAGAUUCAAGCUACAAUGCCUUCUACACCAGAGAAGCCAUCUAAGGGACCUAUGUGGAGAGGCGUCAUUGCUGCUUACGUAGCCAUUGCAUUCUGCUACUUCCCUGUCGCUCUUAUUGGGUAUUGGAUUUUUGGGAAUAAGGUCGACGAAAACAUUUUUAGGUCCUUAGAAAAGCCUGUGUGGUUAAUUGCCAUGGCUAACCUGUUUGUUGUCGUUCAUCUCAUUGGGGGCUAUCAGAUCUAUGCAAUGCCAGUUUUUGAUAUGAUAGAAUAUGCACUCGUAAAAAUACUAAAAUUCAAGCCUAGUUGGAUGUUGCGAAUUGUUUCAAGGAAUAUUUACGUUGCAUUUACUAUGGUUGUUGGAAUUACCAUCCCUUUCUUCAAUGGUCUUCUCGGGUUUUUUGGUGGAUUUGCUUUUGCGUCAACUACAUACUUUCUUCCUUGUAUCAUUUGGCUAGCUAUCUACAAACCAAGGAAAUUCAGUCUAUCUUGGUUUACUAACUGGAUUUGCAUUGUUCUUGGAGUUAUUUUGAUGAUUGUCGCAUCUAUUGGAGGAUUAAGGCAGAUUAUUGUCCAAGCAAAGGGUAUAAUCUCUUGUGCAAUUCGAGAAAAAAAAGAUCAUAAUAUAUUCAUAUAUCGUGAGGCUACCCUUCUGUUUCAACAACUCAUAGGCGUCGCAUUUGUCUCUAGCUUGUUGAUCUUAAAGGGGCACCACACUGCCAACAGUGAUCUCUCCAAGAUUACUUCCUUCAAUUCUCAGACAGUGGCAAAUUUCUACCCGACUGCAAUGGUGAAAGCCUUCACAAAUGUUCAACUGAAUACAAAAGCACUUGUUAUUGACAGAAGAGAGCACUACACGUGGUCAGAUGAAAUGAGCCGAGCAGUUGCCCUUGACACUCUGGCGUCUAAUGUUGAUUUCCAUGCAUUCUCUCAGUCUUACCAUGCAAAUGCCUGUCUGAAGUCCAUAUUGCUAAUAACACCCCUGAUUUUCCUACUAGCAAUUGCUCUGUACAAAAUCUCACUGUUUGAUUCUUGUCCAAAUUCCAUAUGA